AUGUACCCUAAGUCGCUGACGUAUCCCAGCAUAUCCUUUAUCCCAAGUCAGCACUUUUGCCAAGCCUCGACACCGUCGCUUCCCCGCCAGUAUCCUCACCCUCGCCACCCCGGACUCUCGCAUGAUUACGCAAGCAUAUCAGCGUGUGCGGAGAAUAGGGCUAUUGCACCUUCCGCCUCUGGCGGUGGCCGCCAGCUGGACGUGCGCACGGAGGAGCGUGUCUUGGAUGUGCUACGCCGGGAACCUCGUCUUGGUACUCGCAGUGUGGCUAAAAGGCUAGGACUUCGGCACGGCAGGCCAAUCGUUUCGCAUUCUAAAGUACAUGCAAUUUUAAAACGGAACAGAAUGCGUCCGUAUAAAAUACACCGUGUACAGGCCUUGCUUCCCGUUGAUCGUGUUCGAAGGACGGAGUUUUGCCGAUGGCUGAUCCAGCAGGACGUAUCGUCCCCUGGAUUUUUGGAGCGUGUUAUUUGA